ACACAGUAUCCCACCGUACCGAUCAUUUACUGCCCAAUCGAAAUCCCAGCGUCAACAAAGCUAUUUACUGUAACUAAUACAACAUUCAAAAAUUUUCGACACGUGGGUGGCCUAAUGGAUGCCAAUGAAGAUGCUAAUGAAGGCAUAAAUCUUGAGAUUAAUGAGGAUGCAAAUGAAGACAUUAACCUUAAGGUUAACGAGGAUGCUAAUGAAGACAUUGGUCUUAAGGUUAUCAAGGAUGCUAAUGAAGGCAUUAACCUUAAUGUUAAUGAGGAUGCUAAUGAAGACAUCAGUCUUAAGGUUAACAAGGAUGCUAAUGAAGGCAUUAGUCUUAAGGUUAAGGAGGAUUCUAAUGAAGGCAUUAAUCUUAAAGUUAACGAGCAUGUUGAUAUUUUAAAAGAAGAUUUGAAUCCAGCCGUGAAGAAUCUGAAGAGGACUUAUGCGGCUAUGAAUGGCUUUAUAGAAAUAACACUUUCAAAUGGUCUUAAGAAGGCACAAUGUGUUCAUUGCGAGGAAAAAUUUGUAGUGGAGCCCGGUGAUGAUGGUGGUACAGCUCAAUUCCAGAGGCAUGUGCAACAAUGUGAAGGUUGUGAAGAGACCACUAAGAAGCGUUUGAUUAUGUCUUAUAAGACGUGUAGAAUUAAGAAUGACAAUGUGCGCAUACUUAAGAAUUUUAAUUUUGAUCAAGAAAAGGUAAGAGAGGCAGCUGCAGGGAUGGUGAUUGGGAAUGAGUGCUUAUUUAAGAUGUUUAAGAGCAAAGUUUUCAAUUUGUUUGUGAAUUCUUUUAAUCCAGAGUUUGAGAGAAUAUCGCCUAGAAUUGCAAAAGGUGAUUGUCUCAGAAUAUAUGAGGAUGAGAAAGAAGAGUUGAAGGAAUUGUUAGAGACUGUUGAUAAGUUGAGUCUUACAGCAGAGUUGUGGCAUGUGGGUAAUAAAACAGUUUAUGUGUGCCUCACUGGACAUUUUUUUGAUUCUGAGAAGAAACUGCAAAGGCGCAUAUUGAGCUUAUGUGAUGUGCCAUCUCCACGAUCUGGACUUGCUAUUUCUGAUGCUAUUUUCAAGUGUCUGCUGGAUUGGGGAAUUGAAAAUAAAGUGUCUUCAAUUACAGUAGAUUGUUCAUCAGCUAGUGGUGUUGCUUUGGAUCAUUUGAAGCAUAGAAUUGGCUCUAAUGGAAAGCUUUUAUUUGGUGGUAAGGUAUUUCAUCAGCGAUGUUGUGUACAUAUCAUAGAUCUCAUGGCACAGAAUGGACUUAAUGAGAUUCAUGAUUUCGUGGACAACAUACGUAAAAGUGUUAGAUAUCUGCGUUUAUCAAAAAAAUGCCUCCUCAAGUUUACUGAAAUUGUCAAACAGUUGCAUAUGCCUUCAAAGAAAUUGAUUCUAGAUGAUUCUGCAUGUUGGAAUGCAACAUAUUCUAUGUUAGUGGCUGCAAUGGAGUUUAGAGAAGUAUUUCCUAGAUAUCAAGGUGGAGAUCCAGAUUACACCUGGCUGCCUACUUCAGAAGACUGGGAAAGAGGUGAACAGGUUUGUCAAAUUUUAAAAGUUCUUGUUGACGUAAAAAAGGUCUUUUUAAGAAGUGAAAAUCUAACUGCAAGGGUACUUAUGAAGGGUAUAUGGAAGAUAAGAGAAGUUUUGAGUAAAAAAUCAAUGGCUGAGAAUCCUUAUUUGCAGGCUGUGGUUCUUAAAAUGAAAGGGAUUUUUGACAAGUUUUGGGGUGAACUUCCCUUGUUGAUAGCUUUAGCUACAGUCUUAGAUCCAAGACUUAAUAUGAACUUUCUUGAGUUUUGGUUCCGAGAAAACUAUCCAGAAUUUGAAGCUGAGAGAAAAAUUACCUAUGUUCGUGAUGCCUUAUAUGAGCUUUUCAAUGGCUAUGUUGUCAGUCAAGGUUCAAGCAACGGUGGACAGUGUAUGCAUGGAGAUGGUCCAAAAGGUUGUUCUUCUAGUGUCUGUGUUCAUACUGAAGAUGAUGAGACAGAACUAUCUUUCUCGGACUCGUUUGAGCUUUACAUGGAGCAACGCACUGCUAAAUCUGAUAAGUCUGAGUUAGACAUGUACCUGGAAGAAGGACCCUGUCACAGUGCUUUGGGAUCUGGUUGCAGUGUCUUGGAGUGGUGGAAAGCCAGAAGUUAUGGCUACCCUAUUUUGUCCAAGAUGGCAUGUGAUAUACUGUCAAUACCUUUUGGUGCAACUUCAAGGUCUUCCUUGGGCACUCUGCACAGAAUUGUUGAUCACUAUCACGCAUCGAUGUCAAAGGAGAUGGUGCAGGCAUUGAGUUGUGCAGCAGAUUGGUUAAAUUGCUCUAAUGGAAUUAGAAGUUCCCCAGAUUAUGAAAAAAACUUUGUCAAAGAGAUAUGGCUACCUUGGGGAUUAUAGUUGUUUGCAGGCCCAUGAUGAAACUUCUGUAAAUCAGUUCUGUUAUUGUGGAGGGUGCUAGAAGUGAUUGCUUGUGUUCCAUUAUCUUCAUUUUGUAGGCAUAGGAUGAUGGCAUAUAAAAUUUAAGUUGUUUACGUUUUCUUUGGCAUUUGGUGAAUUGGUGUUGUGUCUAAUCUGUUAUAUUUAAUUGUAAAACCUUUAUUAUAUAUACAAUCUGUUUCUGUUCAAUUAUUUUUAUUGCAGAACUUUUUAGUUUUC